AUGCCGCCCGCCGCCGAGGCACUCCCGAGAUGGCAGGCAACACUCAACAGCUGCUCCUCUCUCGCCGCACUACGUCGGGCUGUGAGAUAUGACGGAGCAGAAAGUCCCGCCAUCGUCGGGUGCCGCUCGCUAUGUUGGAAGACAUUUCUGCUAUUCAAGGACAUCUCGCCGUCGGCUUGGAUUCACUCCCUCGCCGAGGCGCGAGAAUCCUAUGCCUCGACGAGAGACCAUCUGCUAAAGUACAUUAAACAUCCCGAGGACCUCGCCAACCUCUCCAUAGACCCUCUUGCCGAUGACCCAAACUCGCCCUGGACCACUGUGCGCCAAGAUGAUGCCAUCCGGGAAGAGAUUGCCCAGGAUGUUCGCCGUCUUCCCGACGAGCCCCUCUACCAAGAGGAGCGUAUCCAGACCAUGAUUAUCGACAUCCUGUUCAUCUAUUGCAAGCUGAACCCGUCCGUCGGGGAUGCUGUCGACAGGUCCGAGGAGGAUACCUCGCUCUCCGACUCGGACAGGCUAAUGUUUUCCGUGUUGGACUCGGCGUUUGUCGAGCAUGACUCGUUUGCUUUAUUCUCUAGCAUCAUGGACCGUGCCGCGUCCUUUUACGAAGUCAACGACAGCCCCGUUGGCGUGGUCCCGCCAGGUCUCGCUGUGGCGGAGAACGCGGGAACGUCCGUGAUCGUCGAGAAGAGCAAGUUCAUCCACGAGGUUUGCCUUAAAAGGUCGACCCUCAGCUCGCGCACCAUCUUACGAGCAUCGAAAUCCUACCCCAAAUCUUUCUCAUACGUUGGAUCCGGCUAUUUGUUGGAAGCGGAUUAUUCGGUUUGCCUCCAGCUUCUCCUCAAGUACCCAACGCCCUCGCCUCCUCACGGCCCCCACACCUUUGUCGAAGAUGCCCUGUACCUCAAAGGCCACCUCACCUCCUCCGGCGCAACGUCCCUCCUGAUGAAGUACACCGGCCGAGUACCGCAGCUGUCCCGCACCCCGUCCUCCACCACCUCCCGCCCCAACACCCCAAGUUUCCCCAGCCUCGGCAGCCUCCGAUCCCGCGGCCUCAGCCCCCGCUUACCGCUCGAUUCGGCAUCCAAGCUCCUCCAGCAGCCCGGCGGCGUCGAGGCCCUCUUCCAGGGCGCCGCGAAAAACGUGCUGGAGCGGAGCGAGAAGCUCGGCAUCAACCAGGCCGUCAGGGACGCCAUGGGGGAGAUUCGGCGAAACAUGCAAACCCUGCAAGACAACCGUCCGCACCCGCCGCGGUCGGGGAGAGAUUCGGCGUUUAGCUCCGGCGUCGGCUCGCCGGCCGCGGCCGACGCGGCGGUCAAGGCGCUGGAGAGGCGGAAUCAGCAGCUGGCCAACCUUCUCGACGAGAGCCUCUCGGGGUUGAGGGCCAUCACGGCGGACGUGCUCGAAGACAAGGUGAAGAGCUUGGAAAUGAUUGAGAUUGCCGCUUCGAAAGCGCAGGUCGUCAAGCUUUGCCUCGAGGACUCGUCUCUCCAGGUCCCCGGUCCUCACCUCGCCGAGGCAGAGGCAGAGGCAGCGGCCGCGGCCGUGGCCGACGAUCAAAGCCCCGCGCUGCCUCACGACGAGGAUGCAGACAUGGUCAUGGACGCCGCCGCCACGGAACCUGGCGCCGGCAAGCCAGCCGCCGAAUCACCACCUAAACCAGCCCCGGCCGGCGACCCCCUGCCCACAAUCUCCUCGCUCUCCCUCGCCGACAACUCCGCCGACGCCACGCCCUCCCUGCCACCUUCCCGCGAUCCGCUCUCGGACGCUCCCGCACAAGUCACGUCGCCCAAGAGCCCCGAGCGGCCCAAGACCCUCCUCCCGAACCGCUCCUCCAUCGCCCAGUCCUCCUUUGCGUGGAUGCUCGAGCCCGACACCUCGGUCCCCGCGCCCCUCCCCUCCACCACCGCCACGGCUCCCGCCGGCGGAGGUCACGGACACUCGUCGGGUUCACCCUCUCGGGGCGCGUCCCAGUUUGCCGGUAGCGGUGGCGGCGGCGCCUCGGGCUCGGGCUCGGGCGCGCGGCUGCACAAGAAGCGGCCGAGCGGGUCCUCGUCCACGCGGGAGAGGAACGCCUUCUUGUUCGGGGAGGUCGUGCCUACGGAUGCGGAGGUGGGUGUCGCGGCUGGGGUGGAGGCGAGGGCGAUUCGGAGGGAGGAUAUUUUUGGGCUUGAACCUAUCAAGAGGGAUAAGGAGUGA